GAUCCAUUGCUAACUUCCCAACAUGUUGACGGUAAUGAGUCGUUUACCACAAUACUGGAAGAUUUGGAUUCAAUCCGAGACUUCGACAAUCGAAGUAGGUUGUUUUGGACAUGAAGCCAGUUUUGUGGCUAAAGAUAAUAUGUAAAAUACACAGCUUUAUAAAUGCAAUAUUGCUUUUGUUUCAUGUGUUUAUUUACUUGACCCUUUUCUAGACCAUUCAACAUCUACCAUUGAAUCGAACAGGCAUCAUAGAGAAACUAAUCAAAGUAAGUUGAACAAGCAAGUUAUAUUGUGUGAUUCUAGUGGUGUUUGAGUUUGUUCUAAAAAUUUGGUUAUGCGGUACAGUAUAUAAUACGUCUGUUAAGGCAAGAGAAGAUUUAGUGUAGUAUAUUGAAAUGAAGAAUCUCACUAUCUCAACCAGAAAUCGAACCUAAGGUCUCCUAAUCAACACUCUGAGCUGCAGUUAUUGUACUUAUGAACCUCGCCAUUACACUCAAAUCUCUACAAGAAUACGUCGCAUUUGCACAAGUAGUUCAGUAAUCUGAGCUGACAGAGUGUCAACUUGGUCCCUUCAGGUUUGACUCCUAGUUUAGGAAGGUCAGAUUAUUCAUUCUUUCGCGUUAUAAGACUAUACCGGGUGACGCAAAAAAAUGUUCCCCCCUCUUUGACCUAUUGUAAUUAAAAAAACUAAAGAAGCCAUCUUAUUCAAAUAAAGUUUAUUGAAUGCAGUAAUGUCUAACUUAAAUUUUGAUGUAUACCUUGCACAUUUCCAUAAACGAUUAGCCGAGAUAUAGGCGUUUACAGUCAAGGUGGCGUUUUUGGAAGAAGCGAAAAAUGGUCUAUAACACUAUAACGUUAUAAUACCAAUAACUUUACUGUAAUAAUUUUUGCAGAUUUCCAAACGUCUGUUUUGAUGAAACUGGACUCGAUUAUUCAGAAUCAGAAGGAAAUUCUUGUUCACUUGCGUCGCCAAAAUUUUGGAACAGAAAAAACAUGCGAAGUAGAAUUGGAUAAUUCCCUGGCCAAGCCAAUGAAUACAUUGGAAGAAAUGGAGGUGCUUUGUGGCAAAUUGGAACAAGUCGCGUUCACUAAAACAUUGGUAAUUUUGAUUAUAACCCUUUUUUCCUGCUGUGCACUCAAGAUUUUCAUUAUUUUUUUCAGGAUGACGAGACCAAAUUAUUGAAUUAUUCUGAAUGCACACAUUACGCAUUCAUUGUGUACUGUAGUACAGUUAGUUUUGUUUAGAUUUCUCUGAUAGGGAAUAUUGGAUUCUUAAUGUAUAUCAACAGUAGUUUAGUUUCUAUUGUAAAAAUUAAAUUAACUUAUCUCUUUUUCUUUAAAGGUGAAUUAUUUCGCGGCACAAUGUGGACACACCUGUGGGGACACUGUUCGCCGAAUUAUGGCAAAGCUUGGGACAAACAAGCUGUGGUCCUUAUUUAGUUUUAAAGGCCGGAAAGGAAAACAAGCUUUUAAAAGUUUGAAGUUGUGCAAUAUAAUUAUAAGUAAGUAAUACUCAUCAUUCAUUUGGUAUAUAUAGUUAGCAUUAAACGAAGAUUGGAGUAUAUGUAAAGCAUGAUAUUAUGGAUUAACCAGCCCAAUAUCAUAAUAAUAUUUCUAGUCCUCUGCCCAGUUCUUUAUAAAUAUUUGUAUUAUAACUGGCGAAUAUCAACCAAUAAAAGAUAGAAUGAAGUUUUAAUGAAUAACAAUGACUUUUCUCUUUUAUUUUUAAUUAUUUUUAUGAAUUAAAAUUAUUUAAAAUUCAUUUAAAUGCUCUGAAGAUGUUGUAUUGUGAAGAAGAAAACCAGUUAACUAAUAGCUAGUGCAAUCGCCUUACUAAUAAUAUUGGUAUAUUUUUCAGAGGCCUGUAUGAGGAGCCACCAGAAAGCCACCGAACUCAGUGUUGAAGAGCACAUCUCAGAGACCCUGAAGCAUGCUCCAAACAAGCCUGGUGGUUCAAGAUAUCGGGUAAAUUUAGCAUUUUGUUUACAGUGUAACCUACAUUACUAAGUCAUGAUAUACGUUCUGUGAUAUAUCGUGUGCGUGCGUGUGCGUGUGUGCACGCAUGCGUGUAUAUAUUUAACAAUUAUUCACCGAAGUGGAGGUGAAUGGUGCAAGAAUAAUCGCAAAGACGCGAUGUUUUGGCACUACCCACCUCCCGAAUAUAUGCUAAAUCGUAUACAUCUAAAUAUUGUUUAAUACGUUUUUGUUCAUAUAGGUCGUGGACGAGUCUCAAGAGAAAGAGAGAGAUAAUAUUUAAUAGGAAUUAUGUUUUGUUUUUAGACUUGUAUAAAUGUAGCAUAUGUCAGAAUAAAUUAAAGGAUUUUAUUUAAAAUGCAUUGUAUGUGUCGUUUUAGUCAGUACGCUCCAUGUUUCUUGUAUCUUUUGGAUAAACUUUCCAUUUCGAGUCACAGC